GUCCCUGCUGGCGGUACAAAUGGACGUGGCCCUGUUCAAGCACCAGCUGCAAAGCAAGCCCUUCGCAUGUAAGUACGACUACCUGCCGAAGUACAUUGACCUGAUGGUCAUCUACAACUACAACAUGCAGUCGCGCAUCGUCGAUACCCAAGCCAACUUGCAUUACACGCUAUAUGAGCCCAACGAGAUGGAGUUCGACCUCAUUCGCUUCAUGGACACUAGCAUCGAGAAGCACAUUCCCAUGCCCGGCCAGCACGCGGAGGGCUACAAUCUGCAGUACGACGACAGACCAUACUAUCCGUUCGAGGAAACGUUCAAGCCUGAGGAUACCACGAACGGGGGCGAGGCCAUCGGGGACUACCAGUACCAGGACAAGAACAACGACGAGGAGGUCACCCGCAAGCCUGCCGCAGGUGCGCAGCAGCGCCAACGCGCGGAAUAG